AAAUCUAUCUCAUCUACUUCCAGCACCACAACGACAGCGAAACCGACUACAAAAUUAAGCACAACCACAAUGAAAACAACAAUAGCCACAACAGCCAUGAAAACGACCGUUAAAAGCACACCACCGACAACUAGGCCUACAACAACUACUAAGCCAACGACUACCACAACUAAGCCUACGACUACGAUAACCAAGCCUACAACUACAACAACAAAACCUACAACUACAACAAAUAAGCCUACGACUACAACUACUACGCCUACAACUACAACAACAAAGUCUACAACUACUACGCCUACAACUACAACAACAAAGUCUACGACUACAACUACUACGCCUACAACUACAACAAAUAAGCCUACGACUACAACUACUACGCCUACAACUACAACAACAAAGUCUACGACUACAGCUACUACGCCUACAACUACAACAAAUCAGCCUACGACUACAACUACUACGCCUACAACUACAACAACAAAGUCUACGACUACAACUACUACGCCUACAACUACAACAAAUAAGCCUACAACUACAACCACCCUGCCUACAACUACAACUACCACAGCUACAACUACAACUAAUGAGCCAACAACUCAAUAUAAAAUAAGUAUAGAAACAGAACACGAAAACAAACUUGCAAAAGAAAUUCGCGACGUAUAUUGUCAACUAUCAACGAUAAAGAAAACUCAAGCGGUGAUUUUAGCUCAAAGUAACGGAAUUCUUGCUGCUUCAGCGCUCGGAUUACCCAUCUGUACGAGACUGCAAGGCUUCGGACAAGCGAUGACACUUCAACAAUGUGAAACCAAACGAAUUUUCAUCUCCGCAAAAGAAUCCAAAUGUGGAUUUCAACCAUUCUUUACUUAUGAAGAUAAAAACUGCACAAUUGGAGUAGAUGGAUGGUCCAUACAUCCAUAUUCCGAUUGCUUUUGGAAAACUCAUUUAGUAAAUUUAAAUGGAUUCCAUCACACCUGGGAACAUAAUUCAACAGACGGAGAGUGGGUAAAACAAAAAGCAAGCAUUCACAUGCCAAACUUAGACCUUAUCACAGAGUUCAAAGAGUUGCACUUGAACGAUUUCGACUACAGUCUGAAGAGCCAUCCAGCGCAUGAAACAAUGGAAAUGGAACAAUUAAAUAUCCUAAACGAUCUAGUAGGCCUAAUGCAGGAAUCAAAUUCAAAAUCUGUUUCUGACAUAGUGACGUCAGAAAAACAGGAUAAUCAGAUAGGAACCAUGUUCUCAUGGUUCGACAUUAAAAUUCUUAUCCUAUCUAUCAUAGGAUUCAUUGUAUUC